AGAGGUUACAACUGAAAUGAGGAUCUUCUGCGUUAUUCUUUUGCUUGCUUCUUUAGCACUUAAUUCCUGUAAUGCGGUGAGAUGUGUUUUAACGUGUCAUACAUUGGCUGGCGACUACACGUCCGUUGAAAUAUAAUCCAAGAGCACAGCUUUUGAAUUUGAUUUCCUAAAGCAAAUAAUAGAUGUUGGUAAUGUAGGUUAAAAAAAAACUAGUAAUUAAUUUAAAAGCGUUUUGCAGAGCUUGAAUAAUAAGCAGACAUGUGCAUAAUGGAAAGUGAACAAAGAAAGAAUCUAUGAACAAUUAAAAUUUUAA